UGGAAAAAAGGGGUCUCACCGCCCCGCUACGAGUCCACUGCCUAAUUCACCAGCAAGCACUGUGCUGCAAAGUGUUGACGUGGGAUUCUGUAAUGAAGGUUGUGGUGUCGUGCAUAAACUUCAUCAGAGCAAAGGGACUUAAACACAGGCAGUUCCAAGAAUUCCUGUCUGAACUGGAGUCUACGCACGGAGAUGUGCUGUACUACACAGAGGUCCGAUGGCUGAGCCGGGGCAGAGUUUUGAGGCGUUUUUACGAGCUGCUACCCGAAAUUAACGCAUUUCUUCAUUUAAAAGACAAAACGGUCCCAGAGCUGAUCGACCCAGAAUGGAAAUGGCACCUCGCAUUUUUAACAGACGUGACAGAAAUACUUAACAGCCUUAACUUGCAGCUACAAGGCGAGGGGAAACUCAUUUGCGACAUGUAUUCACACAUAAAAGCAUUUGAGGUGAAAUUAGCGCUGCUUUUGGAACAAGUGAAAAAGCGCAACUUCGUCCAUCUUCCUGCUACCCAAAACCUGUCGACAGAGAACCCAGCGGUCCCGUUCCCAGCUGAAAAGUGCGUGGAAGCACUGGAAAUGCUGAAGGCGGAGUUCGGUGUGCGAUUCAGUGAACUACAUGUUCAUGCAAAAGAAAUCCGUCUUUUUCAGAACCCCUUUGUUGCCGACAUUGAUGAAGCCCAGCCUUCAUAUCAGUUUGAGUUGGCUGAGUUACAGAACUGUGAUGUUCUGAAAGACGCAUUCAAGCCCAACAGUCUCAUUGACUUCUAUGCCGCCCUCCCAAACGACACAUAUCCAAACAUCAAAAAACACGCAAUGAAAAUGUCCACAGUUUUUGGCAGCACGUAUAUCUGCGAGAAAACCUUUUCUCGCAUGAAACUGCUGAAAACUCCGAUGAGAUCAAGAUUGACAGAUGAACAUUUGCAUCAGUGCUUGAGACUGGCUGUAACUAGAAUGGAACCUGAUAUUCAACUUCUCACCAGCCAGAUGCAGGCCCACAGUUCACACUGAUGAACAUACAUAGGGAAGUUGAUGAGAGAGAGCUGCAAACAGCGGUGUCUACAAGCC